CACCGCGCUGCGCCGGGCGGCAGGAUGGACCGGUUCGUGGUGCGCAGGCCCCGCUGCCCCGAGAGCCCCCGCCGGGCCGGGCCCGCCCCGCGCGCCUACCGGCAGGCCACCCUCGAAUCUCUCAAGAGAGUUGUGGUUGUGGAAGACAUAAAACGAUGGAAGUCUAUGCUCGAGCUUCCUGGGCAGCCAAAAGAGAAUCUGAUCGAAGCUUUGGAGGAGCUGAAGAAGAAAAUCCCCUCCAAGGAAGUGUUACUUUCAACAAAAAUAGGUCACACAGUGAAUAAGAUGCGCAAACACUCAGAUGAGGACGUGGCCGCCCUUGCCAGAGAUGUUUACAGCCAGUGGCGAGCCUUCAUCAAAGCCCAUGCCAACAGGCCCUCCAUAGAGGUCAGGAGUGACCCCAAGACCGAGGCCUUCAGAAAGAAUGCACGGAGGCUGCUCUGGGAAGCCCUGGAUCUAGAGAUUGAUCACCCACUGGCUGAAAAUAUUGAGCGAGAGGCUUUUCAUCUCUCUUCCCGCCUCGUUAGCACAUCGUACCGCAGAACCGUUCGGGCGCUUGUCUUCUCAUUAAAGCACAGGCCUGAGACCCGAGCAGCAGUCAGGGCUGGCACACUCCCUGUCCCUGCCUUUGUGCAGAGCCAUCAGAAAUGAGGUGUCGUGCCUGACCCCGAGUGAGAGCUGGGUGCCUACAUCUCUGCAGCACUGGGAGUGCUGGAGCGCUGGCAGCGCGACUCACUUGGCACCACGCUACAAACAGGGCUCCUGGAGACAAGGAUUGCUAAUGGUGGAAACACUGCUCUGUAUCUGACUCCCUGUGGGCUUCAAAUCCCUUGUGGCAAGAAAAGUUUCUUCUACUCUGGUGUGUAUUUUCCUGCUACAAAACCAUCCACAUUGACUCACCUGUUUUUCACUUCUGCCUGUUUGUUGUAACUCAGCUGAGCUCCAUCCCUGACAUGGACCUUCAGGUGGAAUCAGCUGAGUAACACAAAGCAGCAGCUCUGUGCUGUGCUGGUUGGAAAUACUGGGAAUUCAGGGGAACUGCAAACUCCAGUAAACCCUCCAUCAGCCACAUCUGCUGUAGCUGGACAUGGCCUGUGGCAAGAGCUGUCUGUUUUGCCCAGCCAGGUGAUUUCCCUUUGCUGCAUUCCAGAGUUGGAUGCAAACUGAAUUUCAGCAAAUUGCUAUCCACCAUUCCAUAUGCUCAGUCAUCCUGUGACUGUUUUCUCAUACCCUGGGGUACAAAUCAAAAUGCCCUGGAGUUUAGGUGCUAAUGCCUUUGCUGUUUAAUGAGCAGCUCACUUAGACUUCUGUACCUCACUCAUGAUUUAAAUGUGGUGCUUGUUCUUACUGCAAAGUCAAAACCACUUGAAAUGAAUUUUAUAAAUAAAAUGAAGUUAUAAGCAGAA